AUUCAUAUCUCCCAGAUCGCACUUAUCGCAUAUCACCGACCGCGGACGCGCUUCGCCGAGAGCUCUUAUAAGAGGCCGUCCUGCACAAAGGUCUUCCUGGUUUAUUGCCAACCAACACAAUGGCGGAAGUCUACCUCAAGUCGAAUCGCUACGGGAAGCAAGAGGUAAAGUUCCUCAAGAAGCUCGUCGACAAGCACGACCCCAAGAAGCAAGAGGUCAUCGAGUACACUGUCCUUAUUCUGCUUACAGGGGAAUUUACCGAGUCAUACACCAAGGAGGAUAAUGCGAGCGUCGUGCCCACCGACACACAAAAGAAUACGGUGUACUUGCUGGCCAAGCUGCACGACUUCUCGCAGCCAGAGGUCUUCGCCGCCAUUGUUGCCAACCACUUUACUUCGCUUGAGCGUUUCGCCCAUGUAAGUGGGGCGCAUUGUGAGGUUACGCAGCAUCGAUGGAGCAAAAUGACAAUGAGCACUGGCGAAAGACACGCACAUUCAUUCUACAGGGAUGGCGAAGAGCUGAGGACGGCUGUUUGCGAUUCCACCCGGAAAGGAGCCUUGAAAGUGCAGUCUGGUAUCAAGAAUCUCCUCGUUCUCAAGUCGACCGGAUCGGCCUUCUAUGGCUUCUUCAAGGACGAGUGGACGACACUUCCAGAAGUCCAAGAUCGUAUUUUCUCCACAAGCGUCGAUUGUUCUUACUCUUGGGCCGCUUUUGCAAGCCUUGAGAAUGUCAAAUCUUAUUCAGCUACUUUCGGCAAAGCAUUUGAUGGUGCCCGUCAAACAACAUUCGACAUUUUCGCCCGGGAUUUUUCUUGCUCUGUUCAAGCAACCAUGUACAAGAUGUGCUCACAGAUUAUCUCUCAAUUUUCUGGUGUGGCGGAAGUGGAAUAUGUUUUACCCAACAAGCACUACUUUGAGUGCAAUAUGGAACCUUUCGGUAUCAAGAACAGUGGGCCAGAUGCGACCAUCUACCUUCCGCAAGCUUGGCCUGCUGGCAGAAUCCAGGCCUGCGUGGCUCGCAAGGCACAAGCCAAGUUGUAAUGAUUGUUGCAUGUACAUGCUG